AUGCCCGGCCUCGACAGCGCCAGUCGCUCCGGCACGGCAUCCUUCCUCGAGUCGAGAACGAGUUUACCAUACCCUACUUUUUCGAAGGCUCAUAGCAGGGAGGCCGUCGGCAAACCGGGCGUCCCUACACCAGAUCCGACCGACCUAACCGAGCAGAAUCAGGACGAUGAAGACAAAGAUGACACCAAACAACGACACCAUGAUAGUCGGAAUGCGCCGCCAAGUCCCCCGUUGACGAGCGUGGAUCAGCAUUCGCGAAAAGGCAGCACGGUCGACGAUAAGGGGGAGAAAACUACUGAGAAGACGAAGGAUGGAAAGACAAAGAUCAGAAUCAAAACAGACUUGAAUCGGUCAUCGUCAAGCCUGCGCGCUAAAAAGGAUGACAGCAGCAAGACGAGCAAGUCGACCGUCCGACCGGAGACCCCGAAAGCGAAGCGCUCAAGUUACAGUAAAGACUCGCCAUCUCGGACCGCCAGCCACAAACCAUCCAAAUCAAAGCUCGAUCCGGAUCGCAAGCGGAGCUCUGUUGUCUCUCCUCCUCGCUCUCCGCCAGUCCGAGAUGUAGGCAUGGACUACUCCGCCAACGGCUCCGACGCAACCAUUGCGGCUGCUCGCCAGUCGCCCUCUUCCAGAGUCAGAAGCCCCGAGAAGCCUCCGUCUCGCACCCAAACGCGCUCUUCCAUGUCGAAUCGCCCGGCUUCCGCAAAUCCCAACCGAACACCAUUCGAUAUUGCAAUGGAUUACGGACGUCCGCCAACUACAGGCUCCACAUACGGCACUCCACCACCGCCGCCCCCUCCCCCAGAUGUCCCGGUCUCAAACCCUCGGGUUGAUUAUCUACUUCAUAAUGGAGGGUUAGAUUACCAGGUCCCAAAAUCUCUCCUCCUAAACACGGUUUUCGGCGAUCAACCUCAAGUCCAGCCCCAUCUAGCGGCCAGUAGAGUGUUUGAACCUUUCAGUCGUCUUCUAGCCGACUACCAGCAUGUUGUAAAUAAAAAUGGUUCGCUUGCUGUUGCUACAGGGUCCAGGUCUGUGGCUCGUCGCCUACUCGACCGGCUGGAAGCUGUUUUUGCCCGCGAUAUUUCGUCGGAGUCGUGUCGUUGUCUUAUGUGCGAACAUGAUGAGUUGGAGGACAUCCCGUCAGGUGUCAGCUGGGGCGAAGUACUAGAGCUGGUGUCCGGUCGUCGAGAGCUUCCUAGUUGGCCGCCAUUUAUUCUCACAACGGAACUAGGAAAGGCGGAUGUAUCUGGUGAAGAGCAUAUCCCUAUGCAGAAGAUGGAUAUUGACGUUCCGGAAGAGUACCGCGACCAUUUCCUUCGACAGUCGCGCAAGACAAAACUCGCUGUUGACCAGUGGUUGACCGAACAAGUCGAACAGCCAACAAGUGCGCCUGAGGAGGUGGACGAUGAGACCCUUACUUUUGCCAUGUUAACCCAUCUUGGAAACGACCAAAGACCUAUAUUCCGUGCUUUGCUAGGAAUCUCGUCCACAUCGCCGACCCCACGCCCAGAUGGACAGCCCCGAGAACGGCCGCCUGCUCUCACUUCGUCAUCUUUUGCAAUCGAGCGGCUGUACCGUUUGUCAUCUAAGCCCCGGGAUCCCGAAACCGCAAUGUACAUGCUCAAUAACCCCGGAAUGCACCAUGUGCUAGCCACGCUUGCAGCCAUCAGCGACGAUGAGUGGGAUAUUUUGAUAUCAGGACGCUUCGACGGAUUCCUUCGCAGCGGAGCCGAGGACUCUACUCCCAAUCGAUAUAGCAACAGUCGGUCAAACACCCCAUUUAGCACCGGGCGAAUGUCUCGCGGUUCUACUCCCAACCCGCUCGACCGUCCAACGAGCCAACCAUACGGCGGACCAGGCUCUCCAGGUUCAUUCGGCGGCCCGAUCGCUCUAGACGAGGAAAUGGAGAUCGCCGCUCUGGCGGAAGUCGAGCGAGAAAUAUACGCUGGAAUGGAAGCUCUCGAAGAUGCAUUCGAAGCGCUACACUGCAAAGCGGAAACUGUACGUCUUGCCCUGCGCGAGCGCGGUGCUGGUCUGUCAAUCGCCAACCAGAACCGCCGAGGAACGUUUGUCGAAGCUCGACUUGGCACACCCGGACCCCACCCAUGGGAAAGUGGUACGGACGACGACUUCCUUGACGAUGUGCAAUCAUUGGCACCCGAUGACUCGGCCAGCAACAUCAGCUCUAACCGCCGGCGCCGUCCGAAGCGACGUACUGAACGCCGCACACCUGCGCCCGUUGAGGAGGAAGACGAAGAAGAUUCGAACCAAUUUGUUACUGUUGUUCUUGUUGCCGCUGUUGCUGUCUUUGGCCUAGAAUUGGGAAUAUAG